GUUCCAAAGGCGAACGAUCGGAGAAGGAAUGGCGGAUCAGACGGCGAAGGGCGACGAUUUGGAGCAGAAGGCGGAGAAGAAGCUCGCCGGAUGGGGAAUCUUCGGAUCCAAGUACGACGACGCGGCCGAUUUGUUCGACAAGGCCGCCAAUUUCUUCAAGCUCGCCAAGAACUGGGAGAGAGCUGGAUCAGUGUAUACCAAACUUGCUAACUGUCAUUUGAAGUUAGAUAGCAAGCAUGAAGCUGCCUCAACUUACGUAAAUGCAGCAAAUUGUUACAAGAAAAUCUCACUUCAAGAUGCUGCUGAAUCAUUAAACCAAGCUGUGAACCUUUUUCUGGAGAUUGGUAGAUUAAACAUGGCUGCAAGAUACUGCAAGGAACUUGGUGAGUUAUAUGAGCAAGAACAGAAUCCAGAGAAGGCUAUGGAUUACUUUGAGCGGGCUGCUGAUCUCUUUCAAAGUGAGGAAGUGACAACUUCUGCAAAUCAAUGCAACCAAAAGGUUGCACAAUUUGCUGCUCAGCUGGAACAAUACCCAAAGGCAAUUGAAAUAUAUGAAGCAAUUGCACGACACUCGAUCAAUAAUAAUCUUCUUAAGUAUGGUGUUAAGGGAAUUCUCCUUAAUGCUGGCAUCUGCCAAUUGUGUAAAGGUGAUGUUGUUGCAAUUACAAACGCAUUAGAACGGUAUCAGGAACUUGAUCCUACUUUUUCGGGCACACGCGAAUACAAGCUUCUAGCUGAUCUAGCAGAUUCAAUGGAUGAGGGAGAUGUUGUGAAAUUUACUGAUGCUCUCCAAGAAUAUGAUAGCAUGACCCGGCUGGAUCCUUGGAAAACCAUGCUUCUACUGAGAGUGAAGAAUGCCAUUAAAGCAAAGGAAGAAGAGGAAGACGAUCUCACUUAAGCCACGCUGAUAUUGGAGUUGAUAUCUGUCUGUUCUUGCUAACUUCAUGGUGGCCAUUGUUUGUCUAAGGAAAUGGGAGAGAAGGACUAGGAUUCUAAUGCCUUCAAUUUCUGUGCAUAAAUUGUACUCGGAUAUGUGUUGGUUUUCCCUAUCUUCACCACAAUUUCACGAUGUUUGACGAUAAGAGUGGGUAUAUGCAGUAUAAUUAUAAAUGGGAUGAUUCUUUAUUUGUUUUAUGAA